CCCCCCGCCCCCGCCCGCCUCUGCUCCCGCAGCGCGAGUGUGUCCGCCUCGCUCACUGUGCGUGGAGAUUAGGUCCCAGGCAGGCAGUCCGCGAGCUCCAGCAGCCGGCCGCCGCCACCGCCGCCAGCAGCAGCUACCGCGAGCAGCGCCGCGGCGGAACCGGGCGCAGGGGAGCGAGCCCGGCCCCGCCAGCCCAGCCCAGUCCGGCCCGACUCCCUCCCCACGCCGGGGCAGGAGCAGCAGCCGCCACCGCCGCCCCGAGAGAAGGUGGAGGAAGAAAUCCAGCUUGUAGCACGCGCGCACCAUCAUGGACCAUUAUGAUUCCCAGCAAACCAACGACUACAUGCAGCCCGAAGAGGACUGGGAUCGAGACCUGCUCCUGGACCCGGCCUGGGAGAAGCAGCAGAGAAAGACGUUCACGGCAUGGUGCAACUCCCACCUUCGCAAGGCGGGGACGCAGAUCGAGAACAUCGAGGAGGACUUCCGGGACGGACUAAAGCUCAUGCUGCUGCUGGAGGUCAUCUCAGGGGAGCGCUUGGCCAAGCCGGAGAGAGGCAAAAUGAGAGUGCACAAGAUCUCCAACGUCAACAAGGCCCUGGAUUUCAUCGCCAGCAAGGGAGUCAAGCUCGUGUCCAUUGGAGCUGAAGAAAUCGUGGAUGGGAACGUGAAAAUGACCCUGGGCAUGAUCUGGACCAUCAUCCUCCGCUUCGCCAUCCAGGACAUCUCUGUGGAAGAGACUUCCGCGAAGGAGGGGCUGCUCUUGUGGUGUCAGAGAAAGACCGCCCCUUACAAAAACGUCAACAUCCAGAACUUCCACAUAAGCUGGAAGGACGGCCUCGGCUUCUGUGCCUUGAUCCACCGACACCGGCCUGAGCUGAUUGACUAUGGGAAGCUGCGGAAGGACGACCCACUCACAAAUCUGAACACAGCCUUUGAUGUGGCAGAGAAGUACCUGGACAUCCCCAAGAUGCUGGAUGCUGAAGACAUCGUCGGAACCGCCCGACCGGAUGAGAAAGCCAUCAUGACUUACGUGUCCAGCUUCUACCAUGCCUUCUCUGGAGCCCAGAAGGCGGAGACAGCAGCCAAUCGCAUCUGCAAGGUGUUGGCCGUCAACCAGGAGAACGAGCAGCUUAUGGAAGACUAUGAGAAGCUGGCCAGCGAUCUGCUGGAGUGGAUCCGCCGCACCAUCCCGUGGCUGGAGAACCGGGCGCCGGAGAACACCAUGCAUGCCAUGCAGCAGAAGCUGGAGGACUUCCGGGACUACCGGCGUCUGCACAAGCCACCCAAGGUGCAGGAGAAGUGCCAGCUGGAGAUCAACUUCAACACACUGCAGACCAAGCUGCGCCUCAGCAACCGGCCCGCCUUCAUGCCCUCCGAGGGCAGGAUGGUCUCGGACAUCAACAAUGCCUGGGGCUGCCUAGAGCAGGCAGAGAAGGGCUAUGAGGAGUGGCUGCUGAACGAGAUCCGGAGGCUGGAGCGGCUCGACCACCUGGCAGAGAAAUUCCGGCAGAAAGCCUCCAUCCACGAGGCCUGGACGGACGGCAAAGAGGCUAUGCUACGGCAGAAGGAUUACGAGACCGCCACUCUCUCGGAGAUCAAGGCCCUGCUCAAGAAGCAUGAGGCCUUUGAGAGUGACCUCGCCGCCCACCAGGACCGCGUGGAGCAAAUUGCCGCCAUCGCACAGGAACUCAAUGAGCUGGACUAUUACGACUCACCCAGUGUCAACGCCCGGUGCCAAAAGAUCUGUGACCAGUGGGACAAUCUGGGAGCCCUGACCCAGAAGCGGAGGGAAGCUCUGGAGCGGACAGAGAAACUGCUGGAGACCAUUGACCAGCUGUACCUGGAGUAUGCCAAGCGGGCUGCACCCUUCAACAACUGGAUGGAGGGGGCCAUGGAGGAUCUGCAGGACACCUUCAUCGUGCACACCAUCGAGGAGAUCCAGGGACUGACCACAGCCCACGAGCAGUUCAAGGCCACCCUCCCUGAUGCCGACAAGGAACGCCUGGCCAUCCUGGGUAUCCACAACGAGGUGUCCAAGAUUGUCCAGACCUACCACGUCAACAUGGCGGGCACCAACCCCUACACAACCAUCACUCCUCAGGAGAUCAAUAGCAAGUGGGACCACGUGCGGCAGUUGGUGCCACGGAGGGACCAGGCCCUGACGGAGGAGCAUGCCCGCCAGCAGCACAACGAGAGACUACGCAAGCAGUUCGCGGCCCAGGCCAAUGUCAUCGGGCCCUGGAUUCAGACCAAGAUGGAGGAGAUUGGGCGGAUCUCCAUUGAGAUGCACGGGACCCUGGAGGACCAGCUCAGCCACCUGCGGCAGUAUGAGAAGAGCAUCGUCAACUACAAGCCCAAGAUCGACCAACUGGAGGGCGACCACCAGCUCAUCCAGGAGGCUCUCAUCUUCGACAACAAGCACACUAACUACACCAUGGAGCACAUCCGUGUGGGCUGGGAGCAGCUCCUCACCACCAUCGCCAGGACCAUCAAUGAGGUGGAGAAUCAGAUCCUGACCCGAGAUGCCAAAGGCAUCAGCCAGGAGCAGAUGAACGAGUUCCGAGCUUCCUUCAACCACUUUGACCGGGAUCACUCCGGCACGCUGGGUCCCGAGGAGUUCAAAGCCUGCCUCAUCAGCUUGGGUUAUGAUAUUGGCAACGACCCCCAGAAGAAGACAGGCAUGAUGGACACGGAUGAUUUCCGCGCCUGCCUUAUCUCCAUGGGUUACAACAUGGGAGAGGCAGAAUUUGCCCGCAUCAUGAGCAUUGUGGACCCCAACCGCCUGGGGGUAGUGACGUUCCAGGCCUUCAUCGAUUUUAUGUCUCGGGAGACGGCCGACACGGACACAGCAGACCAAGUCAUGGCCUCCUUCAAGAUCCUGGCUGGGGACAAGAACUACAUCACGGUGGACGAGCUGCGCCGAGAGCUGCCGCCGGAUCAGGCGGAGUACUGCAUCGCCCGGAUGGCCCCCUACACCGGCCCCGACGCCGUGCCCGGUGCUCUGGACUACAUGUCCUUCUCCACGGCGCUGUACGGCGAGAGCGACCUCUAACCCGCCGGCCCCGGCCAGCGCCCUCGCCCUGCCCGCUGUGCGCCCCCCCCCCGCCCCCCCCCCCCCCCCCCCCCCCCCCGCCCGCCACCCCAGCCCGGGUUUGGUCUCCUCGCGCAGCCUCGAACCCUCGAACCGGGCGAGCCGGGACCCACGUGGCGUCGAGCCGCCCUGCCCGCAAAGUGACAGUUUACAAAAUUAUUUUCUGCAAAAAAAAGAAAAAAAAAAGUUACAUUAAAAAAAGUAAAAACAAAAAACAAAAAAAAAAACACCAAAAAACCACAUAUUUUAUUAUAGAAAAAGUAUUUUUUUCUCCACCAGACUUCAAUGGAAAAGAGGAAAAAUUAACUGUUUGCACCGAAAUGUUUUUUGUUGUGACAUAGGAAAAUAACCAAGCACAAUGUUAUAUUCCAUACUUUUUAUCGAUUUUUUUUUUCCUCUCUGUAUCAUCUGCUGUAUUCAUUUCGCCAAUCUCAUGUCCACCUUGAUGUGGGAGUGGGGGUGGGGGGUGGGGGUGGGGGGACCUUGUCAAAAGGCACAUUGGUGCAUGUGUGUUUGCUAGCUCACUUGUCCAUGAAAAUAUUUUAUGAUAUUAAAGAAAAUCUUUUGAAAUGGCUGUUUUCUAAGGAAGAGAAUUUAUGUGGCUUGUCUCCUCGUUUUUAAGUCCAGAAGUGUGGUUAGGUUCUUUAUCAGCACACACUAUUUUCCCUUUAAUUUUAAUAUUGCCUAUUAAAAAUGGUCAGAACAAGAUCGGAGAGUGUGGACAACUUUGGUAUUGCUUGUCACACACCAUAUUAAAGCGACAGCGUUCCCAUGACCGCCUUUUGCUUGCUCCUUGCUUACUGUUUUCCAGAAGUGUGUGUGUGGGGUCAAGGAUGAUGGGGGCCACCUGUACCCAACCUUAAUAUGUUUAUGACCUUGGCAUAGUCAAUCCAAGAGUUGGAUACUUUACUGAAAGAGCCACCCAGGCGACCCCCUUUAUUUUAAAAAAGAAAAGGUGGUUUCCUCAGAAGGCUCCUGUGAGUUGAGAAUAAGGUCACAGAUGUGACCCAUUAAAGGAAGGGGCCGUUUAAUGAUAAGUCCUACCUUUGUUUUCUGUGGCAUGAAACAGCUCUGUGACAUCUCUGUGCCCCCCUUCCUUGUAUCUUUGCUACAAGGGAACGCACUGAGGUCUCAAUAACCCUUCCCACCCCUUGCUAUUCAAAAUGUUCCACAGACAACAGCUGUCCAGCAUCACCUGGGAGCUUGCUGGAAAUACAGAGUCCCAGGCCCCACCCCAGACUUUCAGACUCAGAAUCUGCAUUUUUUUUAAUGUUUAUUUAUUUUUGAAAGAGUACAAACAGGGGAGGGGCAGAGAGAGAGGGAGACACAGAAUCCGAAGCAGGCUCCCGGCUCUGAGCUGUCAGCACAGAUCCCAAUGUGGGGCUCGAACCCACGAACUGUGAGAUCAUGACCUGAGCCAAAGUCGGACGCUUAACUGACUGAGCCAUGCAGGCACCCCAUAGUCUGCAUUUUAACAAGAUCUCCAGGGGAUCUGUGUGCACUGCUCUGGCUUCUGUAGUUUUUUCUCCUUACCUGUCUCUCCUCCCUGAGGCUUUUACUUCAAGUACAGGGAGUAAAGACAAUUAGUGAUCAUACCAGUAAUAACAGUGCAGUAGACUGCCAUUUCCCAAAUGGGUAAACUGCACUACAGUUCCCUUAUCUGUUAAGUGGGAAUAAUAGUGCUUUUGGAAAGCCAUCGCGGUAACACAUAGAGCUCCAAGAAUAUUAGAACAUUUUGGAAUACUCACUUCCCAGGGAAGGAGGCAAGAAGGCCAUUCAGAAGGAAGGACCUGGGGUAGAGGUUGGCAUUUGCUUUGGGAAACAUUCCUGUCAGUGUUACCACUGGCUGGUAAAAAGUCCAGAAAAUGCUCAGCGUCGGUCCGCUGUGGGUAUAGCUGCACGGGGAGAGCCGUGGAACAAGGCCAGAGGCUGGUCUCUGAAGGUCAGAGUCCUUUGAGAGAGGCCAAUACAUAAGAUGGCUUCUUUUAGCUAUUUAUACGCAAGUCUAACCAAGGGUACAGUGGGACAGGAGUUGAAGAGAAGGGGAAAUCGUUCCAACCAGAAAGUUUCCUAAACCUGGGGUGCAAGCACUUUACCAUACCACAGUUUCCAGAGGUACAAUCAAUCAACCUUUUCACUGCUUGCUUUAAAAAAGAAAUUGUGUAAGAGUCCUUUCAAUGCAAGUAUGCUUACUGAGUUAUUCCACAUCCUUUAGAGAAAUUCCCUUAUUUGAUUUUUUCAAUAUUCAAGCGUGCUUGUAUGUGGGCAAAUGACUAUAGUUACUUUAAAUGUUCAAUCUGUUAAAGAGAUAAAAAUUUUAAAACCUGUUUCUUAAGCUUUCUAGGUCACCACACUUGUCUUAAUAUAUUGACAAUAUGAUUUUUUCUGUAAAAGUAAAAACACUCUUGCUUGUCCUAAUCAUUCAUACAUCUUAAGUUAACCACCCACAAACAACCCCGUUUAAAUUUCCCAGAAUAAUUAAGUUCCUUUAAAUAUUUUAAACAUAUUUACGAAUUUUCAUUCUUUCCAGUACAUCAGACUCCCACCAAGGCAAAUUCAAAUUGAAGCAGCAAAGUCUUAGCACAAAGCAGUUGAAGUAUUAUAAAUGUAAAUCAAGUUCUCUGGAGCAGUGCAAAGCUGUUUACUAACAAUUCUCUUACACCUCCAAAAUUAAAAUCAUGCAUUUAAUUUCAAUUACACAUUCCAGAUGAAAAUCCCAAAGCAGAUAGGUGCUGGGCUCUCUUAUGUGUUCAAACUCCUUAGAUUAAGCCACAGGUUGUCACGAGUAUAAAACUGUGUAACCCCCCCCCCCCCCCCCUCCAGAAUCUUAAUACUGAGAGUCUGACUUACUUCAUCCAUUUACUUAUUUCUACAUAGGUGAUUUUAAGUUCCCCUGUUGCUCAUUGCUGAGUUUUCGGGUCACAGGUUCAGAAUUGUGACAUCCGUCAUGUGGCGAUUCCAAACCAGGACACAAGAUGAAGUGCUCACCCACUUCUAGAUUUCACCCAAGGCACCGGGGAACUCAUGACCUUGACUCCAAUAGUCAAGUGCUGUGUGCUGUGCCCCGAGCCCAUGCCCCUCACCUGCUGGUCAUCUCUUAUGUUUCACCUUUUGCCAAUUUUCGUUGUAAACAAUUCCAGCUUACUUGCAAUGAUAGGGUAGGUGGAAUUUUCUGUCCUGAUGCAGGUGGCAGUUGGUUGUUCCUGCAUCCUUGGGAUAAGCUCAUUGACUCUCUUUCUUGCCUAUGUAGAGCAUGCAUUUCUCUUGUAUUUUUAUCUGCCUCUGUCCAUACAUUUGGAGGGACUUUGGUGACAGCCUGAUGAAGGCCAGUCUACGAAAAUAGCUCCUCUCUCUCUGGCCUGUCAAGCGUUUGGUUGAGAUCCUGUGACCAUUCCAAGUCCCAGGCCUGUCUCAGGAAUCUGCUGUGUCCUCCAUCACUGGACCAACUCAAAACUGUCCCCUGGACACAGGACUAAUGCUCAAAGGGUACAGUCAGUGUGGUGAGUGAGUUACCACAACUGAGAACAGUUAAGAUUUCCUUAGGUUGGAAGGGGAUCAGAGGCUCUGCCAGUACCUUGGCCUGUGCCAGGUAGGGUUGCUCAGUAUGGAGGGUGUCCAAGGGUGGCGUGUGUGGUGAGGGGUGCCUCUGAGUCGUCCCACCUAAACCCAGCCUUAGACUAGGGUCUGCCUUCCUGUCACUGAGGGAACGAAUACAACCUCUUUUGACAUCAGUGCCUUUCAAAGGAGACACGUGGGCUCAGGUGUGCCCUCCUACUCCCCAGCUAGGUAAAUAA